AUGUAUUCGGCGAGCAAUGUUUACUUCAUCUGCGGCUUCGCCGCCAUUGGCGGUGGUCUCUUCGGCUUCGAUAUCAGCUCAAUGAGUGGUGUCUUGGGAACCGAGGCUUACAACCGCUACUUUGACUACCCCGUCUCCUAUCGCCAAGGUGGCAUUACUGCCUCGAUGCCCGCAGGCUCCCUCGUUGGGUCGCUGAUGAGUUCGUUCAUCGCCGAUAAAUACUCGCGAAAGGUUGCUCUUCAGGUAUCAUGUGUCCUCUGGAUCAUCGGAUCAAUUAUUCAGUGCGCUGCGCAGAAUGUCGGCAUGCUCUGUGCUGGAAGAGUCAUCGCUGGACUUUGUGUCGGUAUCGCCUCAUCUAUAGUUCCCGUGUACCAAUCCGAAAUCGCACCAAAGGAGAUCCGUGGCCGCAUCGUAUCUCUGCAGCAGUGGGCCAUCACCUGGGGUAUCUUGAUUCAAUACUUUAUUCAGUACGGUGCUGCGCAGGUCGGCGGUGGGCCAAAGGACAAGAAUCAGCCAGAGUCGGCUUUCCGUAUUCCCUGGGGCGUCCAGAUGGUUCCUGCCUUCGUACUUCUGAUUGGCCUUUUCUUCUUCCCAUAUAGCCCGCGUUGGCUGGCCUCCAAAGACCGCUGGGAGGAAGCAAUAAAGGUGCUCGCCAACCUUCAUGGAAAGGGGGAUGUGAAUCAUCCCAAGGUUCUUGCCGAGUACCAAGAGAUCGAGGAUGCCCUACGCUUUGAGCGCGAGGAGGCCGUUUCCAGUUUCAAGGCUCUCAUCGCUCCUCGAAUCUUCAAGCGCGUCCUGCUUGGCAUGUCCGUACAGAUGUGGUCUCAACUUUGCGGUAUGAACAUCAUGAUGUACUAUAUUGUAUACAUCAUGAAGGGUGCCAACAUUGGUGACGAGCUACUAACGUCAGCCAUUCAAUAUAUUAUCAAUGUGGCCAUGACACUUCCUGCCAUUAUUUAUCUUGACAGAAUUGGUAGAAGGCCUGCCCUCAUCGUAGGCGCUAUCCAAGCUGUCUAUGGCCAACCUAACACCAACCCGAAUGACGAUAAUAAGCAGAUCACCUGGAUUGUGCCAGAUAACAAAUCAGCCUCGUCUGCCAUUGUCGCAUGCUCAUACCUGUUUGUUGCGACAUUUGCCACAACAUGGGGACCAACAUCCUGGACGUACCCAGCUGAGAUUUUCCCAAGCAAGGUGCGAGCCAAGGCUGUGUCCCUCGCGACGGCUUCCAACUGGUUCUGGAACAUGGUUCUCGCCUUUGGUGUUCCACCCCUGUUGUGGAACAUUAAUUGGAAGAUGUACAUGAUUUUCGCCGCUUUCAACGGCGCCUCGUUCAUCCACAUGAGCCUCCUGGCUCCCGAGACCAAGGGCUAUACCCUGGAAGAGAUGGACGAUGUCUUUGAUUCCGGCAGACCCGCUUGGAAGAAACUCAACAAGACUAGCAGGUUGGAUGAGUUGCAGAAAGAGAUCGAAGCCGGCAAUCUCAAGGUGGAUGCGCCGUUCGUGCAUAGGCCAACGCCACGGGAGGCACCCGCGGCCGUGACUGAGGAGAAAACCGUUUGA